CGCCCCGCGGCGCCUUCCCUCUCCCGCUCCUCCCUUUCGGGCCGUGUCAAGCGGCGGCCACCAACGUGGAGCGCGUCGGCCUCCGCCUCCCGCCGCCUGUCCCGCCGCUCGCCCGCACCCGUUAAGGCGGCCGCGCUCGUUCCUCUCGGUGAGGGGCGGCAGGGAGGCCGCGCCGCCGUUGCUGCUUGCGCCGGUCUCACCUGUUGGCCCGGGCCGCCGCUGCUCUUCUCCUUCUUCCGCUUCCCCAUAACCCCCCCUGCCUUCCCUUCCCUUCCCUUCCCUCCGCCCCGCCGUUGGGAGCGGCCGCCAGCCGGAGCCGCCGCCAUGGCGGAGACCGAGGAGAGGAGCCUCGACGACUUCUUCGCCAAGCGGGACAAGAAGAAGCGGAAGGAAAAGAGCAACCGUGGGGCCGCCUCCAGCGCUUCCAAUGCCGCCUCUAAUGCCACGGGGGCGGCCGCGUCGGCGGCCGGGGGAACCCGCCCGUCAGAUGGCAGCGGCUCCGGAGCUGCCGCCUCCAACGCCGGCUCCGCCAAGACGGCGACCAAGGAAGAGGAUGAUUGGAAGGAGUUUGAGCAAAAGGAAGAAAUUGAUUAUAGUGGUCUUAGAGUUCAGUCCAUGCAAAUAAGUGAAAAGGAAGAUGAAGAAAGUGAAAAAAGAGAAGAACCUGAACCUGGUGACAACUGGGAGGAGACUGGUGGUACUGUAGAUAGAUCAUCUGGUCCAUGGAACAAGUCAGCUCCUGCCCCAGCACCUGUCAUUGAACCAACUGUUACAGAAGCCCCAGAACCAGUUCAGACUGGUGUGUACAGGCCGCCUGGUGCCAGGGAGGGUGGGCGGCCACGGAGAGCACAGCAAGGACCACCAGAAAUUUAUAGUGAUACACAGUUCCCAUCACUGCAGUCCACCGCCAAGCUUGUAGACAGUCGAAAGGAUAAAGAAAUGGAGAAGAGCUUUGAAGUAGUAAAACACAAAACUAGAGGUAGGGAUGAGGUCUCAAAAAACCAAGCACUUAAACUUCAGCUAGACAACCAGUAUGCUGUGCUUGGGGAUCAGUAGAGCUGCAUACACAUUACAAAUAAGGAAUGCUUUUUUGGUAACCCUUCUACUAAGGUAACUAAACUACAGCUAACGGCUAUGAUGAACCAUGCCACCUUAUUUCUGCUGGAUCUACUGCAGCAAGUGCAGACUUCUUUGACGUAAGUGAUUGCUUCUGCUGCACUAUGGAAGCAUAAUCUGUUGCAACUUCUCCAUUGGAUAUGGUGCAAAUUAAUAGAAAUGAUUGAACAAGAGUCGUCAGUGUUCUUUAAUUGCUCAGAAAGAUACCUACAGCCAGUGGUCAUUUCAAAAUCUUUUUAUGUUCAGAUACUGAGCCUUCGUAAAGGUUGACUACCUCAGACUUGCUGCACUCAUUGUGGACACCAUGUGGAUCACAACUUCUGGAAGAGAAGGUUACAGCUGUUUUAGUGGCCAUCUGAAACUUGAAAGCAGCUCUACUGGAUUCCUGUCAGAAAUCCUGCAGAAGUCAGCCAUUUGGUUCCAAUUUGCUAUAACAAAUAUUUAAGUGACCUUAAUGACAAACCUAUUCCGUUCCCCUUCUGAGGAAUCCUGUCAUGUCUAGCCAUAGCCUACUAGAGACUCCUGCAGCAUACUAUGCCACUCAUACUAUCCAAGUAUAACAGAGCUGUAGUUUGUUUACCUUUUUAGAUAGCUGUACUGAAGUAACUGCAAAACAAAUUAAAACUCAUUCAGUAUCAGAUUUGAGGAAUGAUGGGUUUGAAUUGUCUGUUUGCAUUAGCCGUUUUCACAGUUGUCUGUUUAAGCAUUUUUUAAAAUACUGUUCUCCACAAAAAAAAAAAGUACUUGCCUUGUUUCUGGUAUCAAGUUGCAGUAUAUUUAAAUAAUGGCAAGCUGUUGUAGUGAAGUAGGGUUUCUUUUGCUUUUGUCAUGAGGUUUGUCUUUCUUGCCCUAAAGCACUAAGACAAGAGUUUUGAUUUGACACAGAGAUAUCCAGACUCCAAUUACUUUUUUCAGAAUUCAUCUUUUAAAAAUAAGAUACGUGGCAGUAGCAACACUAGAUAAAAAAAUUCUCCUCUGUUAUAAACAAUUCUUUGGCUUUUUUGAAGGGUAGAGGUUACUUGAUAACCAAAAUAAGUUAGGGUGGAGAGGGAUAAUUAAAGCUGGUAAGCCUUAUUUGUUUGGCUACUUCUGUGGAGCAUGCAGGCUUUUUGAGGCAGAAAUCCUCUAAGUUAAACUCACGUUCACGUUCAAAGUGUUUAUUCAAAGUCAGGAAGUUUAGUAUUAAUGGAAGACAGUGACUUCUCUAAGUUGUCAUUUCUGACUUAAUUUAGUGUAAUUAGGCAAAAUGACACUAAGAAUGCAGGGCGUUGCCUGUAAGUCUGAUUCAAUGAAGGAAACCUGUCAAGUACCAAGAGUGUUCUGCUGUAGCUGUUUUUCCCUUCUCUUACACCAGAAGCAAAAGGAAGUACAAUAGUGGCAUGCUCCAGUAUUGAGGUUUCUCCGAGUAAAUGCCAAAAAAUAAACCCCACAUCUGUAAGAGUGGCCAAUGGCAAGAAAAACAAGGGAACAAAACAAAGCUUGCUUACAUGUGUGGGAGUACUGUGUGUGUGCAGAAGAUGAGGAUAGUGCAGGAGUCGCCUGUUUGGGUUCCCUCUGACUAACUGCUGACACGCUUUAAAUCUUCUUCUCUGAGGCCAAUGGGAAUUUUGCUGUUGACUUCAGUGGGGCUGGGGUUUCACCUGGUUCUUACCUGCAGAGUAAAACUGGCCUUGCCCUUGCAGAGUUAACUGUCUCUGAAACUUCUGCUACAAGCUGCUAUUAAGGAGAGGGCUCAAGAGACUGUUCUUAAGGUUGGAGGCUUCAUUUGGAAACAAAACCCCACUGAAAGACUGAAACCAAUACCUUGGACUCUUAAGCCAUGUAUCUUCCUGGAAAGUACAUUGUUGCCAGCAAAACCAUUGAUUCCUCACAAAAGAUUUGUGUGGAAUUCAUGGUAAAUGGACAUUUCUCUUCAUGUGGUAGGAAUGUGAAAUCUUAAAACUGUUUUGUUGAUGCUCUGAAGCAUUUGAGAUCACCCUUGCAUCUGAACUGAAUUUUAGUCUACUGUAUGAAGGGUAGAUGAGAUUGUCCAUUGUACUGUCUUCAUAUGAGGUUUUGGGCACGAAUUCUGGCAUUUUGGGAAAACCCUGUAACAGUUUCAAAUCAAAUAAAAUGGAAAUAUACAUGGA